GAUUGCCCUGCACAGCAAAAUCGAAUUUAAAACUUAAAACUUCUUCAAAUUUCAGAUGGACGGAUCCUUCAGAGCCGCGAAGGAUGGUGGAAAACUCGCUGCCAUAGAAGGCCAUAGAAAGCAUACUCCAAAACGAGCUUUAAAAGGGAAAGAGCUAGAUGCUUAACCCGAUAUAAGCUAAUUUUUAAUUGUACACGUUGUUCCCUUUGCAUCAUCGGCUCUGACCGAGGACUGCAUAAAGGGGCUGGAAAGGUUCUGGGAGCGAGAAUGGAACGGGCGCCAAGCACAAGCCCCAGUGGCGUAAAUCAGCCCCCACAACCUGCCCAGCAUGAACCUAUUAGUUUCGGCAUUGACCAGAUUCUUAGUGGUACCGACCAGGAAGAAUCACAGAAUACAACCCGGAGUGGUUCGGAUACUGGCAACUCCACAAGUGGAGGAGGUUACCACCUCGAUAGUCCAACUGGAGCCAGUGCAGCGCCCUUCACUUCGCUUUCCGGUUCUUUUCAUGGCCUUGCAUCAUCAUACGAGGAAUCAAGUGCAUACGGAGUGAACUUGACUUUCAACCCAGGAGGGGUGAUACGCGUCCCGGCGCACAGGCCGCUGGCCGCGGCAGUGCCUCCUUCUAUAGCCAGCGCGGUACCAGGGCUAGGGAGCAUCAGCUUCCCCUGGAUGGAGAGCAGCCAAAGAUUCGCAAAGGAAAGAUUCGCAGCUGCACUGACACCAUUCACAGUGGCCCGGCGAAUCGGUCACCCCUACCAGAACCGCACCCCUCCGAAGAGGAAGAAGCCGCGGACAUCCUUCUCCCGGGUGCAGAUCUGUGAGCUGGAGAAACGCUUCCACAGACAGAAGUACCUAGCCAGCGCUGAGCGGGCUGCUCUCGCCAAGACCCUCAAGAUGACCGACGCACAGGUCAAGACCUGGUUCCAGAACCGCAGGACCAAGUGGAGGCGACAGACGGCUGAGGAGAGGGAAGCGGAGCGUCAGCAGGCCAAUCGGCUGAUUAUCCAGCUGCAGCAUGAUGCCUUUCAGAAGUCCCUGAGCGACUCAGUUCCAUCCGAUCCACUCUGCAUCCACAACUCCUCCCUGUUCGCACUGCAGAACCUGCAGCCGUGGGCUUCUGAUGAAGCAGCAAAGAUGGGCCGUGUCACUGCACUAGUGUGACAGGGACCCUGGACAUUACACACUCUGACUUGCCCAAAAGCUUACUGACUGAUAUCUAAGAAACUGCACCAAGGUGACUGACCUGUGAGCAAAGUGAAUUGAGUGAUUUAUUAUUUUCCUUCCAGAACAUAGCCAAAGUGAGUCUGAAGAUGAAACAAAAACUCUGUAGUUUCCUACCCUGAUAUGAUCUGGCCAUACAGAACGUACGCUGCAUUGGCCCUUGUGUCCGAUAAGUCAUGGUUGGUAGCUUAUGACCUGUGGCGAUGUAUGCGACACACAUCACUGAGCCAGCCCCACAAUUCCAAAUGGACAUAUUGACUGACUGACGCAGCACAGAUUGGAACAUUUCUUCCUCCCACGUCCCAUCUGUUCAUUCACCACUAAUUACACUACCAGCUCUGUGCCCUUGCAUCUAAAAGCUGACCAGUCUGCUGAGAAAAUUGAUGGGAAAUGGAGAGAGUGAGAAUACACUAAUAUUUUGAGAAGAUAUAAACAUUUGUUGUUGCAUGGAAUCAAUCUAAUCAUCCUCCUUUUCCAUCUUGAAAUAAAUCUAAUUGUGUCCUCUCUGGCCUGCUAGUAAGAAGGAUUUUUGUAUUGGCGGACAUAGGCAACACUGAUCCUAGAAUGCCACUGAAUGUAGGUACACGUACAGGCUUCAAUUCCAAUUUAUUAUCACUCUAAAACUCAAUUAGGGGUCAUGCAGUGGUUACAUUUAAAUAAGAAGGGAAACUAUGAAACCAGAUAUCUACAAGUGAGAUUUUGUAGGAUCGACUGCUUACUGUUCUAUUGGGGUAGUGUUUAGUUUUGUCUGGGCAUCCAAAACUAGAUAACCCCUACCUUCUUAAACAGGAUAGACCUGGAACACUAGCAAUACAUAUACAGUGGGGAGAACAAGUAUUUGAUACACUGCUGAUUUUGCAUGUUUUCCUACUUACAAAGCAUGUAGAGGUCUGUAAUUUUUAUCAUAGGUACACUUCAACUGUGAGAGACGGAAUCUAAAACAAAAAUCCAGAAAAUCACAUUGUAUGAUUUUUAAGUCAUUAAUUUGCAUUUUAUUGCAUGACAUACGUAUUUGAUCACCUACCAACCAGUAAGAAUUCCGGCUCUCACAGACCUGUUAGUUUUUCUUUAAGAAUCCCUCCUGUUCUCCACUCAUUACCUGUAUUAACUGCACCUGUUUGAACUCAUUACCUGUAUAAAAGACACCUGUCCGCACACUCAAUCAAACAGACUCCAACCUCUCCACAAUGGCCAAGACCAGAUAGCUGUGUAAGGACAUCAGGGAUAAAAUUGUAGACCUGCACAAGGCUGGGAUGGGCUACAGGACAAUAGGCAAGCAGCUUGGUGAGAAGGCAACAACUGUUGGUGCAAUUAUUAGAAAAUGGAAUAAGUUCAAGAUGACGGUCAAUCACCUGGGGCUCCAUGCAAGAUCUCACCUCGUGGGGCAUCAAUGAUCACGAGGAAGGUGAGGGAUCAGCCCAGAACUACACGGCAGGACCUGGUCAAUGACCUGAAGAGAGCUGGGACCACAGUCUCAAAGAAAAUCAUUAGUAACACACUACGCCGUCAUGGACUAAAAUCCUGCAGCGCACGCAAGGUCCCCCUGCUCAAGCCAGCGCAUGGCCAGGCCCGUCUGAAGUUUGCCAAUGACCAUCUGGAUGAUCCAGAGGAGGAAUGGGAGAAGGUCAUGUGGUCUGAUGAGACAAAAAUAGAGCUUUUUGGUCUAAACUCCACUGGGCGUGUUUGGAGGAAGAAGAAGGAUGAGUACAACCCCAAGAACACCAUCCCAACUGUGAAGCAUGGAGGUGGAAACAUCAUUCUUUGGGGAUGAUUUUCUGCAAAGGGGACAGGACGACUGCACCGUAUUGAGGGGAGGAUGGAUGGGGCCAUGUAUCGCGAGAUCUUGGCCAAUAACCGGGACGGGCAUGAGAGUGGCAUACUCGACCUGAGUCCUAUGAGACAUCUGGGAAUGUUUGAGGCAACAGAUGGAUGAUAACAGGAUGCCUCCCGAUGUAUUAUACUUUGUAUUUGAUAAAUAUGUAAACAACUAACU